UUUAUUUCUUCACUUCCACCGACUCAUUCACUCUCUUCCUUCUUCUCACUAUCUUUUUCUUUCUUCAUCAAUGGAAGAUGGAGGAGAUUGGGUUCUGGUGCGCCGCCCCUCACAGAAAGACUUUUGGAACCCAAGUUUAUCAAAUGCUGAUGAUGAUGAAGCUUCAAGACCCUUGAAGGUUACUUUUUCUAAGCCUGCUGUGCACUUUACUGAUGCUAUACCUAUUGGUAAUGGUAGUCUUGGUGCCAUGGUUUGGGGUGGUGUUCAAUCUGAAGUUCUUCAACUCAAUGAGGACACACUAUGGACUGGGAUACCUGCAGACUACACCGACAAAAAUGCUCCUGAAACUCUGGCUGUAGUCCGAAAACUUGUUGAUGAAAGAAAAUAUGCAGAAGCUACAACAGAAGCUGUCAAAUUGUCAGGAACUCCUAGUGAUGUAUACCAACUUCUUGGUGAUAUUAAAUUAGAAUUCGAUGAUUCUCAUCGUAAAUAUUCGGAAGCAUCUUAUUAUAGGGAGCUUGAUUUGGAUAAUGCAACAGCAAAGAUAAAAUACAAUGUGGGUGAUGUAGAAUUUACCAGAGAACAUUUUGCUUCUAAUCCAGACCAAGUGCUAGUGGCAAGGUUUUCCACAAGCAAGUCGGGGUCAUUAUCAUUUACAGUGUCUUUGGAUAGCCAAAUACCUUACAAUUCGCGGGUAAGUGGCGAACAUCAGAUAAUAAUGGAAGGAAAUUGUCGUCGCAAAAGGGUCCCACCACAGAUGAAUUCAAGCGACGAACCAAAGGGAAUUCAGUUUUGUGCAGUUCUUGAUAUGCAGAUUAGUAAUGACAAAGGGGUUAUACAUGUUUUGGAUGAUAAGAAGCUUAGUGUUGAAGGUGCAGAUUGGGCUAUUUUGCUUCUAACAGCUGCCUCAUCUUUUGAUGGUCCAUUUACUAAGCCUGAAGACUCUAAGAAGGAUCCUGCUUCUGAGUCCUUGAGUAAAAUGAAGUCUGUGAAAAGCUUUUCAUAUGAUGAAAUUUAUGCACGUCACAUGGAUGACUAUCAGAAUCUAUUUCAUCGGGUCUCAUUGCAACUCUCUAAAAGUUCCAAGCCUGUUUUAGGAAAACCUAACAUCACUCCAUUGGGAGGUGAUGAGACUGUUCCAACUUCAUCAAGAAUCAAAUCAUUUCAAGAUGAUGAAGACCCUUCCUUUGUGGAGCUUUUGUUUCAAUACGGUCGAUAUCUACUAAUAUCUUGUUCGCGUCCUGGAACUCAGGUGGCAAACCUACAGGGUAUAUGGAACGACAAACUUGAUCCUGCAUGGGAUGGGGCUCAGCACUUGAACAUAAAUCUUCAAAUGAACUAUUGGCCGUCCCUUUCUUGCAAUCUACGCGAGUGUCAAGAGCCACUAUUUGAUUACAUUUCCGCCAUGCAAAUCAAUGGUAGUAAAACUGCAAAGGUGAACUAUGAAGCAAAUGGUUGGGUUGCACAUCAAAUUUCUGACUUAUGGGUUAAAACAUCCCCAGAUCGAGGUGAGGCUGUUUGGGCGUUAUGGCCAAUGGGUGGAGCUUGGCUUUGCACCCAUCUAUGGGAGCAUUACGCUUAUACAAUGGACAAGGAAUUUCUAAAAAAUAAAGCAUAUCCUUUGUUGGAAGGAAGUACAUUAUUUUUGUUGGAUUGGUUGAUUGAAGGCCCUGGUGGAUUAUUGGAAACUAAUCCAUCAACUUCACCAGAGCACAUGUUCAUUGCACCAGAUCAACAGCGUGCUAGUGUGAGCUACUCAACAACCAUGGACAUUUCAAUCAUAAAAGAAGUUUUCUCUAUAAUCAUUUCUGCUGCUGAGGUCCUGGGAAGACAUGAUGAUGCUAUUAUCAAAAGAGUAACUGAGUCUCUGUCUAAGCUUCCACCUACAAAAAUUGCUAGGGAUGGGUCCAUUAUGGAAUGGGCUGAAGAUUUCCAGGACCCAGAAGUAACUCAUCGGCAUGUUUCUCAUCUGUUUGGCUUGUUUCCAGGGCACACAAUAAGUCUUGAGAAAACUCCAGAUCUCUGUAAAGCUGUGGAUAAUAGUCUUAUCAAAAGAGGAGACGAAGGUCCUGGGUGGUCAACAACUUGGAAAGCUUCAUUGUGGGCUCAUCUUCACAACAGUGAGCAUGCAUAUCGCAUGAUAAAACACUUGAUCGUCUUGGUAGACCCUGCUCAUGAAGAAGGCGUCGAAGGAGGACUUUACAGUAACAUGUUCACAACACAUCCUCCAUUCCAAAUUGAUGCAAACUUUGGUUUUUCAACUGCAAUUGCAGAAAUGCUUGUUCAAAGCACAACGAAGGACCUUUACUUACUUCCCGCGUUGCCUCGGGAUAAAUGGGCGAAUGGCUGUGUCAAAGGAUUAAAAGCACGUGGCGGGGUGACGGUCAACAUAUGUUGGAAAGAAGGAGAUUUGCAUGAAGUUGGGCUUUGGUCACAAAACCAUAAUUCCAGAAUGAGACUACAUUAUAGAGGGAACAUGGUUGUGGCAAAUUUAUCACCAGGGAGAGUUUACUCAUAUAAUAAUGGGUUGAAGUGUGUGAAGACAUACUCCCUUAGCGAAGUGAUUCCUUAAUUUUCUUUUUGCCUUCCAAUUUUCCAAUAAAAUCUUAAAGAAGAUGCAAUACUUUUUACAAUUUGGUAUUGGAUGUAGUUUGAUGGAUCAUGAUAUAUUUCUUGUUUCUAUGAUUAUUCUACAUGAGUCAUCUAGUCUCGGAUGAUAUAAUUUAAUGGAGAAGCAUUUUGUUAAUGCA